AUGGACGAUCUCGCCAACCUCGAGUUCUUGUCUCUCGUGUCCAAGGUCACGUCCGAAAUCCAAAACCAUGUAGGCGUAUCAGACAAGACGCUCGCCGAAUUCGUCAUCGACCAGCACGCGAAAUGCAAAGGCGUCGCAGACUUCAAGGAACAGCUCGAGGCCAUGGGCGCAGAGUUUCCCCAGAGCUUGGUGGAGAGCAUCGAUCGUCUGAUCUUGACGCUGCAUCCCAAGUACAAGAGCAAGGGCGCAAAUGGAAAUCAGGCAGGCGCAAACGGGCAGGGUGGCGGCGACGACACUGAUCGCAAGACACGCGUCUUCAAGGGCCUCGCGAUUCCAGAUAAAGAGGUCAACUACGACGUUGCCGACGAUGCGCCGGCCAAGAGUGCAACAAAGGGCGAUGCGCUCGACGACACAUUCGCCAUGCUCGAAGGCCUGGCAGGGAAGGGCCCUGGCAAGCCCAAGGAGCGGUCGCGUAAGAGGAGCAUGAGCCCAAUCGAUAGCGACGACGACGACGUAGCCAGAAGCAAACGACACAGGCGCAAGAACCCGUCACCCUCGGAAUCGCCGUCACGCUCACACAGCUGGCGGGGCCGCCACACGCGAAACGACGAGCUAGUGUUCGAGGACGAGUUUGGACGCACCAGGACUGUCAAACCCUCAAACAAGCAACGGAGCCGUAAAAAGUACCGGGACGAGGACCUUGACGAGUUUCGCCGGCCACCGACGCCAGAGCUCGACGACGAGCCACUACUAUACAAAGUCUACGAUGGCAAGGUCACGGGCAUCAAGGACUUUGGUGUCUUUGUGAAUUUACAGGGAGUCAGAGGCAAAGUGGACGGACUUGUGCACGUGACCCAGAUGCUGGAAGGUGCUCGUGUCAACCACCCGUCUGACCUCGUUUCAAGAUGGCAGGAAGUCAAGGUCAAGGUCAUCAAGAUGGAAGGCGGCAAGAUAUCACUGUCCAUGAAGGAAGUGGACCAAAGAACAGGUCACGACCUUGCACCUAACAAACGCAUUGCAUCUUUGGCAUCUGGCGCAAACUCACAGAGCAUCGGAGGCAUUCCUGGCCUUGACAGUGCUGUGCCAGUAGUAGAAGAGGGCUUCAACGGUCGCCAUAAUGGCGUGCGAAAGAGAAUGACAUCACCAGAGAGAUGGGAAAUUAAACAACUCAUUGCAUCUGGUGUGAUACCAAAAUCUGACUACCCUGAUAUUGACGAGGAAUUCAACGCGCAUAUCAACGGCGAAGGAGGGUUCGAAGAAGAGGAGGACAUCGAUAUCGAGGUGCGAGAAGAGGAGCCACCAUUUUUGGCGGGCCAGACCAAACAGUCGCUGGAACUCUCGCCCAUUCGAGUCGUCAAAGCACCCGAUGGGUCGCUGAAUCGCGCUGCCAUGGCUGGUGAUACUCUAGCAAAGGAACGAAGAGAUUUGAGACAACAAGAAGCCCAGGAAAAGGCUGCCAAGGAAGCCGCGAAUGUCGACUUGAGCAGUCAGUGGAACGAUCCCAUGGCACAACAACGACAAUUUGCCAGCGAUUUGCGCAAUACCCGUACAAAUCAGCCCACCGAAGCACUCCCAGAAUGGAAGAAAAUCUCAGCUGGAAGCAAAGACACAUCGUUUGGUAAGCGUACAAACAUGAGCAUCAAGGAGCAACGGGAAUCUCUCCCCGUUUUCAAAUUUCGGAAGCAACUUCUUGAGGCGGUUGCAGCCCAUCAAAUUUUGAUCGUUGUUGGUGACACAGGAUCCGGAAAAACCACGCAGAUGACCCAGUACCUUGCAGAAGCAGGCUAUGCUAAUGAAUUGAUGAUUGGAUGUACGCAACCUAGACGUGUCGCUGCUAUGAGUGUCGCCAAACGUGUUGCCGAGGAGGUUGGCUGCAAGCUCGGAAACGAAGUUGGUUACACCAUUCGAUUCGAGGAUCAGACGUCGCCAGACACUAAGAUCAAGUACAUGACGGACGGUAUUCUGCAGCGAGAGAUUCUUUUAGAUCCUAUGCUGUCAAAGUACAGCUGUAUCAUGCUUGACGAAGCGCACGAGCGUACAAUCGCUACAGACGUGUUGUUUGGAUUGCUGAAGAAGACACUCAAGCGAAGACCAGACAUGAAGCUUAUUGUCACUAGCGCUACGCUGGAUGCCGAUAAGUUCUCGGAGUACUUUUACAAGUGUCCCAUCUUUUCAAUUCCAGGGCGAACUUUCCCGGUCGAGGUUAUGUACAGCCGAGAGCCAGAGUCAGAUUAUCUGGAUGCAGCGCUGGUGACGGUCAUGCAGAUUCACUUGACAGAGCCGCCAGGUGAUAUCUUGCUCUUCCUGACUGGUAAGGAGGAAAUCGACUCCUCUUGUGAAAUCAUUUCAGAGCGGAUGAAGGCUUUAGGGCCCAAUGUACCUGAGCUUAUGAUUCUGCCAAUUUAUGGAGCGCUACCCUCAGAAGUCGCGUCGCGUAUCUUUGAGCCAGCGCCUAAUGGUGCACGUAAGGUCGUCAUUGCCACUAACAUCGCCGAGACCAGUUUGACCAUUGACGGGAUCUAUUACGUUGUGGAUCCAGGUUUUGUCAAACAAAGCUCGUAUGACGGAAAGUUGGGUAUGGACCGAUUGCAAAUCACACCUAUCUCGCAAGCACAAGCUCGUCAAAGAAGUGGAAGAGCUGGCAGAACCGGUCCAGGAAAAUGCUUCCGAUUGUAUACUGAAGCUGCCUUCCAAAACGAGAUGUUACCGACUACAAUUCCUGAGAUUCAACGCCAGAACCUGUCGAACACGAUUCUCAUGCUCAAAGCCAUGGGAAUCAAUGACCUCCUUCACUUUGACUUUAUGGACCCACCUCCAACAAAUACCAUGCUUACAGCCCUCGAGGAGCUAUACCAACUCGGUGCCCUUGAUGACGAAGGCCUCCUCACUCGUCUCGGCCGCCAAAUGGCCGAUUUCCCCAUGGACCCCGCUCUCUCCAAAUCACUUAUCUGGUCCGUCGACCUCCAAUGCUCCGACGAAGUCCUCACCAUCGUCGCCAUGAUAAGUGCCACCCAAAACGUUUUCCACCGCCCACGCGACAAGCAGCAACAAGCCGACCAAAAGAAGCAGAAAUUCAACGAUCCUUCCGGCGACCAUAUCACCCUUCUUAACGUUUACAACGGCUGGAAAGCAGGCGGCUUCAGCACACCCUGGUGCCACGAAAACUUCAUCAUGCCCCGCAACCUGCAGCGCGUCAGGGACGUCCGCAACCAACUCCUCCAAAUCAUGGCCAGGCACAAACACCAAGUUGUCUCCUGCGGUCGCAACACCAUUAAAGUCCGGCAAGCCCUCUGCAGCGGCUUCUUCCGCAACUCGGCGCGUAAAGACCCAUCCGAAGGCUACAAGACGCUGGUUGAAGGGACACCCGUCUACCUGCAUCCUUCAUCUGCGCUCUUCGGUAAGCCAGCUGAACACGUGAUUUAUCAUUCCUUGGUCGAGACGACGAAGGAGUAUAUGCAUGUUUGCUCUGCGAUUGAGCCGAAGUGGUUGGUUGAGGCUGCGCCGACGUUUUUCAAGGUUGCGCCAACGGAUAAGCUAAGUAAGAGGAAGAAAGCGGAGAGGAUUCAGCCCCUACAUAACAAGUUUGCAGGCGAGGAUGAUUGGAGAUUGAGUGCGCAGAGAAGGGCGGGGAGGGGUGGGGGUGGCACAUGGGGGUAG